CACCUCACCAUGCUUCCGAGUAGAGGGCUGCGGCCCGUCCAGUAUGCCCCUUCAGCUGCGCGGCAAUCGACGCUUGUGCGGUGCAAUGCGUCGAGGAAGUUCUCUUCCCUUCCCCGAACCGCCGCACUCGCUGCCCCGCCAUACCGAACAAGCCCGCUCCAGCACGCACAAUGGCGGACAGGCGCGACAGGGAAACCGCAUGCCGUGCUGACAGCGUCGUCUGUCCGCUAUGCAUCGUGGUAUGCGCCGUGGAGCUGGGGCCAGUCGAGCACGCCCGGCGCCCCCACCGACGCUGUCGAGGCCGUCCGAGUAGCCGAGUUCUCCCAAGGCCCCGCGUUGAGGCAGCAUGACGCUGUCACGUCAGCUACGCCCGAGAUUGCGCCUGCGGGCAUCGACAAGGCUGCUGUGGUCGACAGCGUGCAGAGCACAGCGGCAGGCAGCGUACCAGGCGCCUCCACUGCGUCUAGCGACCCGCGAUCCAUCGACGACCUCCUCGACCUCGAUCCCGUCAAGGACGUCGUCGCCUUGGACCCCACCCACCUCGUUGACCAUGCUGGGCAUCUGAAGGAGCUGGGCUUGGACUACGGCUGGGGCAUGACGGCCACAUUCGAAAAGCUGCUCGAGACCAUCUAUCUGUCGUCAGGCUGGGGCUGGGCUGGGUCCAUCAUCGCCGCUGGUCUUGUUGUCCGCUGCGGUACCUUUGCCUUCCAGGCCCUCGCCUCGGACAAGCUGGCUGGCAUGGCGGCCCUGAGGCCCAUCACCGACCCUAUCAACAAGAAAAUGGAAGCUGCUCUUGCUGCUGGUGACAAGCAAAAGGCAGACAUGUACAAGAUGCAACAGGCGCAGGUUAUGAAGCCCUACAUUGGCGGUAUGGCAUCAACCGCCGGCUUCAUGAUCCUACAGGGUUGGGUCGGCUUCUCGGCUUUCAGGUGCUUGAGGGCUAUGGGCGAGCUGCCUGUCCCGGGAUUGAGUGUUGACGGCUUCCUGUGGUUUGCUGAUCUUACUGUCCGCGAUCCAUACUUUAUUCUGCCAGCUACCACCUCCGCCAUCAUGUACACCGUCUUCAAGACUGGUGGUGAGGCAGGUAUUUCAAACGAUGCCACCGGACUCAUGAGGGGUAAGGUCAUGCAAUUGCUUGCUCUGUUCAUCGGUGUCGUCACUGCUUUCCAGCCCGCUAUUUUGCAGCUCUACUUUGUCACUUCGGGUGUUUUGGGCGGUUGCACAGGCGCCCUGUUGCGUCAAAACAGCUUCCGCCGCAUGAUUCGCAUUCGCCCUCUUCCCAGCAAGGAGAGCAACGCCGUGUACAGCAAAGUCGUAUCUGGAGAACUCAAGCUCAAAGACAUCAAGGGCCGCGACGGCAAAAUCCGCUACCAGGCCCCCAACACACCAUCGAAGAAGCAGGGCAACUUGGCAAAAUCUGGAAACGGCGGCAUCAACAUCAAGGCUGGUACUCCGGUGCCGGUGCAUUUUCAAUCCAAGCCUGCAGUGCAGAUUAACGGAGAGUACCCCGACCGUGACAUCGACUUUGAGACGCCUCCCACGGGGUUGGGGCCAAGGCUUGACUGGUUCCGCAGAAACUACAGGCUCGCCUUCAUGUAUCGCAGGACCAAGGAGGGCAUGGAUUCGUUUAUGAGGAAAUCUGGCUAUGGAGGACCAAAGAUGACGGCCAAGCAGGCGAAGAAGAAGAGAGAUGCGGAGCAAUAUGAAAUCGAGCGACGCAGGAGGUUCGAGAACAGGAAAUAAAAUCGUGGUGGGCUUCGUUUGUAUGAUAGCGUUUUGACGUGAUCGGUCCUGUGUGGACAGAUUAUAGAGUACUACGCACUAGAGGGAAUGUACGAUGGGUCGGCAAUUGUAUGUAUAAC